CGAUCCUCCUCCGCACCAACAGCUCCAGCUCCAGUUCAACUCCAACCAACCUCCCCCUUCACCUCUCCACAGCCCAUCUUCCCUUAUUCCCCCGUCUGCACCGCCAGACCACAUGCGUGGCAACCCCCUUACACCCAGCUAAUUUUAUAUACCCCCGGCCACCAUGUCCAAAUCAACCAAGUACCUCCUCGUCUCCUUCCCCACGUCCAUCACCCCCUCCCACCACCGCGACGACGCCCUCGACGCCAUCUCCACCACCGUCUCGUCCGAAAAUGGCUCCGUUGCGCCCUUUCCCAUUCCGGAGUUCAAGAUCGGUACUCUCGAUGCCCUGGUGCAGCAGGCCGACGAGCUGGCUAAGCUUGAGGCCGGCUGCCAGGGGGUGGUGGCCAAGGUUGGCGAUGCGCUGAAGAAUAUUCUGGACGGGGAUGAGGCGCAGAUUGAUAAGAUGAAGACGGUUAAUGAUAAACCGGUGGAUCAGUAUCUCCGCACGUUUUCGUGGAAUAAGGUCAAGUAUAGGGCUGAUAAGCCGCUGGGGGAGUUGAUUGACUUGCUGCAGAAGGAAGCAGCGAGUAUCGAUAACGACAUCCGCUCGAAAUAUACCCAGUAUAAUCAGGUGAAGAAUACGUUGGCGACGUUGCAACGGAAGCAGACGGGCAACCUGUCAACCAAAUCCCUCUCCUCGGUCGUCGACCCUCGUACCCUCGUCCGCGACUCCGAAUACAUCGAGACGCACCUCGUUGCGGUGCCCGCCCAGCAAGUCAAGGAGUUCCUGAAGAUCUACGAGACCGUGGCACCCAUGGUGGUGCCGCGAUCGGCGACGCUGGUUGCCUCGGACGACGAUUUCACACUGUACGCCGUCACGACGUUCAAGAAGCACAGCCUGGAGUUUGUGCACAAGUGCCGUGAGAACAAGUGGAUUCCGCGCGACUUCAAGUACAUCGAGGGCGGCAAGGAGGAGGAGCGGAAGGAGUUCGAGCGGGUGGGCGGUGACGAGCGCAAGCUCUGGGGAGAGACGCUCCGGCUGGGACGGACGGCGUGGAGUGAGGCCGUGAUGGUCUGGAUCCAUGUGUAUGUGCUGCGGGUGUUUGUGGAGACAGUGCUGCGGUAUGGAUUGCCGCUGGACUUUGUGUGCACGUUGAUCCGGACCCCCGGAACGAAGCAGGCAGACAAAGCAAAGCGCAACCUGGACGACAAGUACUCGUACCUGGCGGGCAAUGCGUUCGGGCGCGACAAGAAGGGCCGAGUGAAGCGCGAUGACCCGGGCGAGAUGCACGGCGAGGGCGGGCCGGAGUAUACGGCAUACGUGUAUUAUGAAUUCGAGUUCAACUGAGCCGACCUUGACUAGUUUGCAUCAUUCUUCUGCGUUGAUCUAUUAUCUUCCUGUUUAUAUGUCUAGCGUACGUACAUAGAAGUACUCCAAUCACCCCCCGAUCUAUAUUCU